UACGUCUCUUAAACACAAAACCAGGAAAUUACUUAAUCUGUUAAACUUUUCAAGCGAGUGUCUCACUCUGUCUGUUUGUAUAUUUGUGAAAUAUGGCAGAAGCUCAUAUUUUUCAGGACAAGUUCAGCUGUUCAGUGUGUUUAGAUCUCCUGAAGGAUCCAGUGACCAUUCCUUGUGGACACAGUUAUUGUAUGAGCUGUAUUACAAACUGCUGGGAUCAGAAUGAGAUGGGAAUCUACAGCUGCCCUCAAUGCAGACAAACCUUCACACCAAGACCUGUUUUAUUUAAAAAUGUGAUGAUUGCUGAAAUGGUGGAGGAACUGAAGAAGACAAAACUUCAGACUGCUGUUCCUGCUGACUCUUAUGCUGAAGCUGGAGAUGUGGAGUGUGACGCCUGUACUGAGAGAAAAUACAAAGCUGUCAAGUCCUGUCUGGAGUGUCUGAAGUCUUACUGUCAAAAUCAUCUUAAACAACAUGAGAAUCUCUUCAAUGACAGGAGGCAUUAUUUGAUGAAUCCCACCAGACAACUUCAUGAGAUGAUCUGCUCAAAACAUAAUAAACAACUAGAAAUCUACUGUCGCACCGACCAACACUGCAUUUGUUAUCUGUGUACGAUGGAAGAACAUAAAAACCACGACACAGUGACAGCUGAAGCAGAAAGAACUGAGAAACAGAGAGAUUUGGGAGAGAGACAGAGAAAAUUACAUCAGAUAAUUGAGGAGAGAGAGAAGGAGCUUCAGGAGCUGAGAGAGGCUGUGGACUCUCAUGCGCGCUCUGCACAGACAGCAGUGAAGGACACUGAGAGGUUCUUUACUGAACUGAUCCGAUCCAUUGAAAAAAGACGAUCUGAGGUGACACAACUGAUCAGAGAUCAGGAAAAGACUGCAGUGAGUCGAGCUGAAGGAGUCAUGAAGUGUCUGGAGCAGGAGAUUGAUGAUCUGAGGAGGAGAGAUGCUGAACUGAAGCAGUUUUCUCAUACAGACAAUCACAUCCAUUUCCUACAGGGUUUACAGUCUCUGUCUGCAGCUCCUGAGUCUUCAGUCUCACACAGAUUUACUCUCAGCUCUCUCCUCUCUUUUGAUGAUGUGAGAAAAUCUCUCUCUCAACUGAAAGACAAACUGGAGGAUAUCUGUAGAGAGGAGAUAGAGAAGAUAUCUAAUAAAGUUACAUAUAUCUCAGUUAUUUCUGCUGAAUUGAAGACCAAUGUGAAUUUCUUACAAUAUUUCAAGCAGUUCACACUGGAUUCAAACACAGUGAACAAAUACAUUCAGCUGUCUGAUGGGAACAGAACGGCUACUGACACUAACACAGUCCAUCAGUAUCCUGAUCAUCCAGACAGAUUUUAUCACUGGCUGCAGAUGUUGUGUAGAGAGAGUUUGUGUGGACGCUGUUACUGGGAGGUUGAGUGGAGUGGUGAUGUUGGUAUAUCAGUGUCAUAUAAGAGCAUCAGCAGGAAGGGAUCGGGUUAUGAGUGUUUGUUUGGAUGUAAUGAUCAGUCCUGGAGAUUGUACUGCACUAACUCUAGGUGCACAUUCAGUCACAAUAACAAACACACUGAACUCCCUGUAGUGGCGAGCUCCUGUAGAAUAGGAGUGUAUGUGGAUCACAGUAAAGGAUCUCUGUCCUUCUACAGCGUCUCUGAUACAAUGAACCUCAUACACAGAGUCAACACCACAUUCACUAAACCACUUUAUCCUGGGUUUAACCUCUUUUCAGGUUCAGUGAAGUUAUGUAAUCCAGCAGUGUAGAUGAGA